UAUUCAUAAAAUGGAUUCUGACGAAUUAGAUGAACUAUGUCCAAAGCCGCCAAAAAAAGGAAAGCUAGAUCCUAAAUAUAGGGUCAUCUUCAAGCGGCCACAACGCCAGGUUGUGGAGAACUUUUUACAGCUUAGGACGAAUUUCGAGUCCACAACACGAAAAAUGUGGUAUGAGCUGAAUAUGCCCGACGUGACUAGUGAAGUGUUCGAUGGUGAAAUUUUACAUCGUAAGACUUCUCUACACAAAACAUGUGAAAGACGUACAGUACAGUUAAGUUCAUCUUCGGAAACAUGUCGCAGAAGAAAAUCGACUUAUGUUACAAGGCGAGAGAAUCGCGAAGAAUUUCGACGAAAUCUUAUACGUCUUAUAAUGUUGGAUGAUGACAAAAAACCCGAAACAGAUGUAAAGGAAUUUGUAAUGCCAGAUUGGCGUGAGCGUGUACUAUUACGGUAUCAUCAUUACAUUUCGCAUGGUGUGGAUACUACAACUAUAUCACCAAUAACAAAUAAAUUACAACGGCGCAUUAAUUCUCUUAUUCCUCCGCGUUUGCUACAAUGGGUCAAAUAUGUUCCAUUUACAGUUCGUGAAGUCCGAGAUGAUUUUAUAAACUCUAUGAAAAAGGGCGUUAUUGAUUACGUUCUGCGUAAUGCUAUAAGUCUCGUCAAGGAAGAUGACAAGUUCGAGAGAUGUAAAGAAUCUAUUGAAAUACGUAAACUCUAUCAUGCGUACUUCUUUCGUUAUAAGCAAAAUCGUACUAGAUUGGGUCGAGUACUUUUUUGUAUACAUGGAGCAAUCGCUGGUAUGUUGUCGCUGUGGAAUACAAAGUAUCGAAAAAAGUUAUUUGUUGAAGUCGAUCUUUUUAGAACUGAUAAAGUCAUAGACGUCUACGAUUUUGCAUAUGAGUGUGGACGCAUGAUAGAGGAAACAAAAAGACUUCUGGAACAAACGUGGUACAAAGAAAUACAUCAAAUUCUAGCGCGUUAUAAUAAGAAACGUUUAUUACCUGCUCUGGAUGAUUUGGAGUUAGUGGUUUGCUUCUUUAAUUGUGCCGGUGCCCUUAUGACACAGCAAUUAGAAGACAUGUGCAUACGCAGCAUACACGCCUUCACAAAUUUUAUAUUCGAAUAUGGCAGAACUUGGCCUGGCAUCAAGUUGGAUCUUAUAUUAGAGAGAGAAGACAGUAUAUCCUUUUUUCCCAGAUUUAAAAAAGUUGAAGCGGAAUUAUUACGUAUACUUGAGGGUAUACUUGUAGCUGUGAAAGCUAUGCCACGCAUUGAGAAUAAACUCUAUACGGAGUUGAAACUGGGCACAGCGUAUUACUUGGUUCCUGCUAUACCGGAACAUAUAGUAGAAAAUGCUGGCCGACGCAUUUCUGAGUUGAUAGAAGAACAACGUAUUUUACCUGAAUUACGUAUACAUGAUUUUGACAAAUAUCUUGUGCUUGUUAAUGGGAUUGAAGCCAGGAGAGUAUACGAGUUUAAAGCAUCGAGACCAAAUUUUGAAAAGUAUUGUGACAUGGUUAAAUAUUAUAGAGAUUUAGAGUAUACAAUAACAAGAGAAAUAUGGGGUGUUAUGCGUCUGGGACUUUUCGAAUUUAAUCGUGAAAACUUCAUAAGAAAUCUUCAACGUAUUGCGCGUUAUUUUCAAAAUGAGUUAUUGCGUACAAUGGUAUCACAACAGCAAUCUGAAAUGACUAAAAUGGGCAGGGAGUAUGAAGCAAUCGCUAAGAAAGCCCUGACAGUACCUAGAAAUACUUCGGAACUUAUGGCACUGAAAGCAUACGUUGCACGCGUCGAAGAGGUAGUAGUGUAUGAAAUGGAAGACCGUUUAAGAACGAAUAUAUCACAUUUGCUCUGGCUUAUGGAUAACACUCAAUAUAUAACUUUACAAAUUAAGAAUAACAGCAACACCGUUAUUUGGUAUAAAAAACUACAUACGAUAUUCGACAAACAUCGCAAAAUAGUUGCACAAAAGAGCGUAGAGUACCAGGAAUUGCUUAAAAAACGUAUAGAAAUGUUUAAACGCGAUUUAAAUAAUUAUAAUGAACAGUUAAAGGAGUACGAUCAAUGGGGUGAUAUUAAUCAUUUGGCACGCUAUAAACGUAAAGCAGGAGUACUUGAUGCAAAAUUAGUUGAUGCCAUGAAAGUAAUAGAUGAAAUUAAUGAGGAAGAAGCAGCGUUCGGUUGGGAACUCUCACAAUAUCCUAUACGUAAGAAAGCACAUGAUCAAUUGAGACCUUAUAAAACAUUGUUCGAUGCUGGACAAGAGUUUCUGGAUAAAUAUAAUCUUUGGAUGUAUUCACAAGUUGGCUCGUAUGAUCCAGAUGAGAUUGAAAAUGACGUUGCUAAUAUAUAUCGUAUUGUCCAAAAAUUGGAGAAACAAAUGGGAGAUAAGCCGCAUACUCAAGCUCUCAUUAGAGAUGUUAAAGAGCGAAUUGAAGAGUUCCGUGAACACAUGCCAAUAAUUAGUACUCUAGGAAAUCCUGGUAUGAAAGCACGCCAUUGGGAGCAAGUAUCUGAGAUAAUUGGCUUCCCCAUAAAAGUAACGCCUGAUUUAACAUUAGCCAAAGUUAUUGAUUUUCAACUUGAAGAAUAUGUACCUAGAUUUGAGGCCAUCUCAGAAAGUGCAACCAAAGAAAAUAAUUUGGAAAAAGCUUUGGCAAAAAUGCAAAAAGAGUGGGAAGAUGUUGCAUUUACUGUUUCACCGCACAGAGAUACUGGUACUUAUAAACUGGGUGCGGUAGAUGAUAUACAAAUAUUGCUGGAUGAUCAUAUUAUCAAAACACAAACAAUGAAGAGUUCACCAUACAUUAAACCAUUUGAGGAGCAAAUGCUAAAAUGGGAACGGAAGUUAAUGUUAUUACAAGAAAUAUUGGAUGAAUGGUGCCGUGUGCAAUCCACUUGGAUGUAUUUGGAGCCAAUUUUCUCCAGUCCUGAUAUUCAACAACAAAUGCCUGAGGAGGGUAGACGAUUCAGUGCUGUCGAUAAGAUUUGGAAAGAACUCAUGAAACAAGUUGUUGUGGAUCCGAGGGUUAUGACAGUGGUUGAGAUUGAGAAGAUGUCAGAAAAAUUAAAAAAAGCUUAUCAAUUAUUGGAAAUUAUACAAAAAGGUCUCAACAAUUAUUUGGAAAAGAAACGUUUGUACUUCCCGCGCUUCUUCUUCUUGUCAAAUGAUGAAUUACUUGAGAUUCUAUCCGAAACCAAAGAUCCCACACGCGUACAGCCACAUCUUAAAAAGUGCUUCGAGGGUAUUGCUACUUUAAAUUUCACCGAAGAGUUAGAAGUUACAGCCAUGCGUUCAUCUGAACGUGAAGAGGUUAAAUUGGUUGAUGUGAUAUCAACAGCUAAAGCUCGUGGUCAAGUUGAAAAAUGGUUGCUCGAUUUGGAGAUCGAUAUGAAAAAGAGUAUACAUAAAAAAGUCAGUGAAGCCUUCUUCAGCUAUCCACACAUGCCUCGAGAUAAUUGGGUUUUGGUGUGGCCCGGACAGUGUGUGCAAUCCAUAUCACUUACAUAUUGGACAUUACGCAUCACAGAAUGUUUCUUGUCGGAGCACCCAGUUGAGAAUUUAGGGAAAUUCCUGGAUUUGUGUAGAUUUCAGAUUGGCCAGAUUGUUGAUUUGGUGCGUGGUGAUUUGAAUUUGCAAAACCGUAUUACUCUUGGAGCUUUGGUUGUAUUAGAUGUACAUGCACGUGAUGUACUAGCUGAAAUUUAUGAGAAAGGUGUUAAGGAUCUUAAUGACUUCCAAUGGCUCUGUCAGUUGCGUUAUUACUGGGAGGAGAAUAAUCUAGAUACACGCAUGAUUAAUUGUUCUCUUAAAUAUGGUUAUGAAUAUCUGGGCAAUACUACUCGUUUAGUUGUAACGCCAUUAACGGAUCGUUGCUAUCGCACACUUUUCAGUGCUUUACAUUUACAUUUAGGUGGUGCACCAGAAGGUCCCGCUGGUACCGGUAAGACAGAAACGACAAAAGAUUUGGCUAAAGCUGUUGCUAAACAAUGUGUGGUGUUCAAUUGUUCCGAUGGUUUGGAUUAUCUUGCCUUGGGUAAAUUCUUCAAAGGUCUAGCAUCAUGCGGUGCUUGGUCAUGUUUCGAUGAGUUCAAUCGAAUUGAUUUGGAAGUGCUGUCCGUUGUAGCCCAGCAGAUUCUUACUAUACAACGUGGUAUUAACUCCGGCAGUCCUACUUUGGUGUUUGAAGGCACUACUCUAACAUUGGAUCCCACUUGUGCUGUCUUUAUUACCAUGAACCCUGGUUAUGCUGGACGUUCUGAGUUGCCUGAUAAUUUAAAGGCACUAUUCCGUUCAGUAGCUAUGAUGGUGCCGGAUUAUGCGCUUAUCUCAGAAAUUGAACUUUAUUCUUAUGGAUUUUUGACGGCAAAACCGCUAUCUGUUAAGAUUGUGGCUACUUAUCGUUUGUGCUCUGAACAGCUGAGUACUCAGUGCCAUUAUGAUUAUGGCAUGCGUGCUGUAAAGUCCGUAUUGAAGGCAGCAGGAGCGCUUAAGUUGCGCUAUCGUGAUCAGAACGAAGACAUAUUAGUGUUGCGUUCCAUUAAGGACGUUAAUUUACCGAAGUUUCUUAAUCAAGAUAUACCAUUAUUUCAGGGUAUUACAUCUGAUUUAUUCCCUGGCGUUAUCUUACCGGAAUCUGAUUAUGUUAUCUUCAACGAAUGUGUUCGGAAAGUCUGUAACAGUCAAAAUUUACAAUGCACAGAUUUCUUUUUGGAAAAAGUUCAACAGCUUUAUGAAAUGAUCGUUGUUCGCCACGGACUCAUGAUUGUCGGUUUACCUUUUGGCGGCAAAACCACUUGUUAUCGUGUUUUAGCUGAUGCGCUAGAGUGCAUGGAACUAAGGAAUGCUGGCGAAAAUCGUGCUAUAUAUACAAUAAUAAACCCCAAAGCCAUUACGAUGGGACAAUUAUAUGGGCAGUUUGAUGCUGUAUCUCAUGAGUGGAGUGACGGCGUGUUAGCCGUAAGCUAUCGGUAUUUUGCAAUCACUGAUACGCCGGAUCGAAAGUGGUUGAUAUUUGAUGGACCUGUUGAUGCUAUUUGGAUAGAAAAUAUGAACACUGUACUUGAUGACAACAAAAAAUUGUGCCUUAUGUCUGGUGAGAUUAUACAACUGUCUCCCACAACGAACUUGAUAUUUGAGCCGAUGGACUUAGAAGUUGCCUCACCAGCAACUGUUUCACGUUGUGGUAUGAUUUAUAUGGAACCAAGUACUCUUGGUUGGGAAAUUUUAGUUACAACUUGGAAAAAUAAGUUACCGGAUUCAUUUCACACCAUAGCCAGACAAGUUAUCGAUGGCCUCUUCGACCGUUUUUGUUCAAUUCUAUUGUUCCUUGUGCGUAAAUGUUUGAAUGAAAUUGCACCAACUACAGAUGCAAAUCUAAUAACCUCCUUAUUGAAUUUUCUGGAUUGUUAUUACGAAGACUUUAGGGAUGAGAAAUACAUGGCUGCUCUUACAGAUUUAGAUUUUCGUGCGCAGAUUGAAGGUCCAUUUAUGUUUGCGUUAGUUUGGUCUAUUGGGGGUGCUUUAGAUGCAGAAAGUCGCCUUAAGUUUAGUAUGUUCUUUCGCGCACUAACAGACAAAGCUUUCAAUGACAGUCUCUAUGAAGAGUUUGGUAUACCAGAAGAGUUACAAGUACCAGCCUUAACAAAACCAUAUAUUUUUCCAAUGCCUAAAGAUCAUACAGUGUUUGAUUACCGCUAUAUUAAGGAUGGCAAAGGUAAGUGGAAGGCUUGGCAAGAUGAUGUAGAGACCGCGCCACCCAUACCGCGUGAUAUACCAGUCAACCAAAUUAUAAUUACCACAAAAGAAAGUGUGCGUAUUACAGCGAUUACUGCACUAUUGGUUGAAAAUGGAAAGGGUAUAAUGUUUGUUGGUCCCACUGGUACCGGUAAAAGUGUAUAUGUAAUAAAUUAUAUGUUGAAACGUAUGGAUUUGGAGAUAUUUACACCAAUGAUGCUAAACUUCUCCGCUCAAACUUCUGCUAAUCAAACUCAAAAUAUUAUUAUGUCCAAAUUAGAUAAACGUCGAAAAGGCGUUUAUGGUCCACCAUUAAAUAAAAAGUAUGUGAUAUUUGUAGAUGAUGUAUCAAUGCCUUUAAAAGAAAAUUUUGGUGCACAACCUCCCAUUGAGUUAUUGAGAAUGUUAUUAGAUCAUAUGAUGUGGUAUGAUCUCAAAACAACACAACCUCUGAAGCUUAUCGAUUUGCAAAUGCUGACGGCUAUGGGACCACCAGCAACUGGCAACACUGUCACACCGCGUUUUCAACGGUUCUUUCAUGUGAUAGCUAUUGACGAAUUCGAUACUGCCAUUUUAAAGACAAUAUUCACCAAAAUUGUUUUGUGGCACCUUGAUACGCGUGGUUUCUCAAAGGAUUUCGACCCUUGCAUUGAUGAAAUUGUCAAUGCUACACUUUUCGUAUACAAUGAAGCUAAGAGAAAUUUAUUGCCUACUCCAGCAAAAUCGCAUUAUCUCUUCAAUUUACGUGAUUUCUCACGUGUCAUACAAGGUGUGUUGCUAUCUGUGCCGGAAGCGACAGAGGAUCUGGAUUCAAUGAGACGUUUGUGGGUACACGAGGUUUUGCGUGUGUACGGUGAUCGUUUGGUUGAGGACUCUGAUCGCGCUUGGCUCUUCGCUUCAAUUUGUGAUAAAAUAAAUAAACAUCUUAAUUCUGAACCGGAAGCACUAUUUUCAAGAUUAUUAAAAAAGAAUGAGAAAUUAUCAGAGGCAAAUUUUCGUAAUUUAAUCUAUUGUGACUUUUCGAAUCCGAAGGCUGAUAAUAAGAACUACAUUGAAGUGCAUGACCUUGAAGAUUUACGUUCGGUUGUAGAAACUUAUCUGGUUGAAUAUAAUAAUAUGUCCAAAAAGCCAAUGAAUUUGGUAUUGUUUCGUUUUGCCAUCGAGCAUUUGUCGAGAAUUUGUCGCAUAAUAAAGCAGCCUCGUAGUCAUGCUCUACUCAUUGGAGUUGGUGGCUCCGGACGUCAGAGCUUAACUCGUUUGGCUUCGCAUAUAUGUGACUAUGAAAUAUUUCAAGUUGAAAUCACUCGACAAUAUGGACCAACUGAAUGGCAUGAUGAUAUUAAAGUUAUAUUGCGUAAAAUUAGCUCAUCGGACAUGCACGGGGUAUUCUUGUUUACCGAUGUACAGAUUAAAGACGAAUCAUUUUUGGAAGAUAUUAAUAAUUUAUUGAAUUCUGGUGAGGUGCCUAAUCUCUUCACAAAUGAAGAAAGGAUAGAAGUUGUGGAAAAAAUGGCACAAAUAGACAAGCAGCGCGAUAAAGCGAUGCAAACGGAUGGUACCCCAGUGGCGCUAUUCAAUUUUUUCGUUACGACUUGCAAAGAUCAAUUGCAUAUUGUAUUGUGUAUGUCGCCUAUUGGCGAUGCGCUGCGUGUGCGUAUUAGAAAAUUCCCUUCGAUUGUGAAUUGUUGUACCAUAGAUUGGUUUCAGACGUGGCCGGAAGAUGCUCUAUUGGCUGUGUCUACGCGUUUCUUAGCACAAGUGCAAUUAACAGAGCUGGAGCGCAAGGCAGCUAUAGAUAUGUGCAUGGAAUUUCACACAUCAACGCAGAAUUUGUCUGAAGCAUUCUUUGCUAGAUUAAAACGUCAUAAUUAUGUAACACCCACAUCUUAUCUCGAAUUGAUACAAACUUUUAAAGCUCUGUUGGAUGAGAAGAGAACUUCCAUAAUGACAAUGAAAAAUCGUUACCUUACUGGUAUAUCACAAUUGGAUAUUGCAGCGCAACAAGUCGCUGUGAUGCAAGAGCAGUUAGUGGCUCUGGAGCCAAAACUUAAAGUAGCUGCGGAAAAGGUUGCUGUACAAGUUGCAAUCGUCACUGCGGACAGCAUUAAGGCUGAAGAGCAAAGAGCACUUGUUAAGGAAGAUGAGAAAGCUGCCAAAGUGCAAGCUUCCAAAGCCCAAGAAAUUAAAGAUGAGUGCGAUGCUAAAUUAUCGGAGGCUUUACCAAUUCUAAACGCUGCUUUGGCAGCGUUAAAUACAUUGACAACUGCUGAUAUUGCUGUUGUUAAGACCAUGAAAAGUCCACCAGUUGGAGUACGUAUUGUUAUGGAAGCUGUGUGUAUAUUGAAAGAAGUCAAACCUGAACGUAUACAAAAUCCAUCAGGAACAGGCAUGGUUGAAGAUUAUUGGGGCGCAUCAAAACGUGUGCUUAGCGAUUUGAAAUUUCUGGAUAGUUUAAUUAAUUUUGAUAAGGAUAAUAUAUCACCACAAGUUAUGCAAAAAUUACAGCAACGUGUUUUGACUCAAGAAGCUUUUGAUCCUGAUAAAGUUAAAACAGCAUCAACAGCUUGUGAAGGCUUAUGUCGUUGGGUGAUAGCGUUAACCAAAUAUGAUGUAGUGGCAAAAGUUGUUGCACCUAAGAAAAUUGCUUUGGCUGCAGCCGAAGCAGAGUACAAUGCUGCCAUGAAACAUUUAAGCGAGAAAUUAGCACAACUAGCAAAGGUGGAGGCUGAUCUUGCAGCUAUUAAGAAACAAUUGGAAGAAACUCAAUCGCAAUACAAUGCUUUGGCAGCUGAUCACGAGGCUUGUACGAAACGUUUACAACGUGCACAAGAUCUUAUUUUAGGUUUGGGUGGUGAACGAAAACGUUGGUCUGAAACUGCGAAAACGCUGGGGCUCUCUUAUAAUACUUUAGUUGGAGAUAUACUCAUAUCAUCCGGCGUCGUUGCCUAUUUGGGACCGUUUACUACUGAUUUUCGUCUUAAACAAAUUAAUAUAUGGGUUGCUAGGUGUAAAUCCUUUGGUAUCGUUUGUAGUAAUGAUUUUGAACUGGCACAGAUACUUGGACAACCUGUAGAAAUUCGGGAAUGGAAUAUAUGUGGCUUACCAACAGAUGCAUUUUCAAUAGAAAGUGCCAUUAUUUUGAAAAAUUCUAGACGUUGGCCUUUAAUGAUUGAUCCACAAGGACAGGCGAACAAAUGGAUUAAAAAUUUAGAAAAAGCCAAUAAGCUAUUCAUUAUACGUUUGAAUCAACCGGAUUACACACGCAUACUAGAAAAUGCUAUACAAUUUGGGUUACCAGUAUUACUUGAAAAUGUUGGAGAGGAACUCGAUCCAUUGCUUGAAUCAAUAUUGCUGAAACAAUUAUUUAAACAAGGUGGAGCGCUUUGCAUUAAACUUGGUGACUCAAUUAUUGAAUAUCACAGUAGCUUUAAAUUUUAUAUAUCUACAAAGCUGCGUAAUCCGCAUUAUUUGCCUGAAGUGGCGGUGAAAGUAACACUACUCAACUUUAUGAUAACAGAGCAGGGCUUAAAUGAUCAGUUACUGGGUAUAACUGUAGCUAGAGAGCGCCCAGAUUUAGAAGCGGAGAAGAGCACUUUAAUUGUACAGAGUGCUGAAAAUAAGCGUUUAUUAAAGGAAACUGAAGAUCAAAUAUUGGAGGUACUGUCAUCAGCUGAUAAUAUAUUGGAAGAUGAAAAAGCUGUACACAUUUUAAGUUCAUCGAAAAUAUUGGCCAAUGAGAUUAGUGAAAAACAAAUAAUUACCGAAGCUACAGAAAAACAAAUCGAUAAAGCACGUCUGAGCUAUGUACCAAUCGCUGAGCAUUCUUCGAUUUUGUUCUUCACUAUAGUCGAAUUGGCAAAUAUUGAUCCCAUGUACCAAUACAGUCUGAAUUGGUUUGUUGCGUUAUAUAUUGCCUCAAUUGAUAACACCGAAAAAGUGGACGAUAUAAAAGAACGUUUAGAGGAUUUGCGGAAUCAUUUUACUUACAGUCUGUACGUGAACAUUUGUCGUAGUUUAUUUGUGCGGGAUAAGCUUUUGUUCUCAUUAAUAUUGGCGAUUAACAUACUCAAGGUGGAGGGAAAAAUCGAUAAUGCCGAAUGGAUGUUUCUACUGACGGGUGGAAUAGGUCUUGGUAAUCCUUAUCCAAAUCCAGCAAAAUGGUUAGGUGUUAACAAUUGGGACGAAAUUUGCCGUUUAUCAGAUUUUCAUCAUUUCAAAGGGAUACGCGAACAUAUUCAAAAAGACCUGGCUGAUUGGAAAUUAUUUUUUGAUUCAAAAGAGCCGCACGAUAAUAAAAACAUACCGAAACCUUGGAGUGACAAAUUGAGCUUGUUCCAAAAAUUAUUAGUGUUGCGUGUUUUUCGUCCUGACAAAUUGGUACCGGCAGUUAUGAAAUUUGUAGCUGCGGAACUUGGUCCUAAAUUUACCGAUCCUCCACCUUUUGAUUUAGUUUCUUCGUACGCUGAUUCACAUUGUUGUGUACCUUUGAUUUUUGUUUUAACUCCUGGUUCAGAUCCAACAGCAACCUUAUUGAAAUUUGCUGAUGAACAAGGUUUCGGAACAAAUCGUCUAUUCUCGCUAUCACUUGGUCAAGGGCAGGGUCCGAUUGCUAUAAAAAUGAUCGAUGAAGGUAUAAAAUUAGGAAAUUGGGUUGUUUUACAGAAUUGCCAUUUGGCUAAAAGUUUUAUGCCCAUGCUUGAGAAAAUAUGUGAAGGUAUGGUCUUGGAUACUACGCAUCCUGAUUUUCGUCUGUGGCUUACUUCAUAUCCAGCCGAUCAUUUUCCAGUUGUUGUACUACAAAACGGUAUAAAAAUGACUAAUGAACCACCCAAAGGCUUACGAUCAAAUAUUGUACGGUCAAUGUUAAGCGAUCCGAUAAGUGAUCCUGAAUGGUAUGAAUCAUGUCGACAAUCCCAAACUUUUAAGCAGUUGAUAUACUCGCUCUGCUUUUUUCAUGCUGUUAUACAAGAACGCCGAUAUUUUGGUCCAAUUGGAUGGAAUAUUCCAUAUGAAUUUAAUGAAACUGAUUUACGCAUUAGUUUAAUGCAGUUGAAGAUGUUUUUGGAUCAGUAUGAAGGUGUUAAUUAUGAUGCUCUGCGUUAUUUAACUGGUGAAUGUAAUUAUGGCGGACGUGUAACUGAUGAUUGGGAUAGACGUACAUUAAAAACAAUUUUAAACAUAUAUUAUAGUCCGGAAGUGGUCGAUAUUGAAAAUGUACAUUACUUUGAUGAGUCGCAUUUCUAUUACGUACCGGUAUUCAAGGAAAUAGAAAAUUAUAUGAAUUUCACAAAAGAAUUGCCACAACAAACCGCGCCAGCGAUAUUUGGUUUCCAUGCCAAUGCAGAUAUUAUGAAAGAUCAACAUGAAACUGAUAUGUUGCUUGCCCAUACCCUACUGACACAGGAUACAAGUCAAGGUGGUCAAGAAGAGAGUGGAGGUGGAAAACCGCUAACUCCCGAAGAUAUGGUCAUUAAUGUAGCUACAGAUAUUUUAGCAAAAUUGCCUAAAGCUUUUGAUCGUGAAGCUGCUAUUACUAAGUACCCUACGAUCUAUCAUCAAAGUAUGAAUACUGUGCUUGUGCAGGAGAUGACACGUUUCAAUGUGCUACUGAAUACUAUACGUAAUAGUUUGGUUACUUUACGCAAGGCUAUUAAAGGACUUGUCGUAAUGUCUGCUCCCAUGGAAGCAGUUUACAAAUCGGUAUUGAUAGCAAAAAUACCGCAGAUGUGGGCUAGUAAAUCCUAUCCGAGCUUAAAGCCACUUGGCAGUUAUGUCGGUGAUUUUCUGCAACGUUUGGAGUUUUUACAGAAAUGGUACGACCAUGGACCUCCGAGCAGUUUUUGGUUAUCAGGUUUCUUUUUCACACAAGCUUUCCUCACUGGUGCUCAACAGAAUUACGCACGUAAGUAUGUGAUACCAAUAGAUUUAUUAUGUUUCGAUUAUGAGGUAUUGCGCAAAGAGGAAGAAGAUAUGGUUGGAGUGCCAGCACCUGCUGAUGGUGUGUUUGUAUAUGGCAUAUUUUUGGAGGGUGCUUGCUGGGAUCGUAAAAAUAAUUUCUUAGCUGAAUCUCAUCCACGUGAACUAUUUGACAGAGUGCCAGUUAUUUGGAUGAAACCGCUGAAACGUGAUGACCUAAUUGAGAAACAUACUUAUGUCUGUCCAUUGUAUAAAACGGCUGAACGACGUGGUGUGCUAUCCACAACUGGACACAGUACAAAUUUCGUAGUGGCCAUGCUACUACUGUGUAAUCCCAAAACGAAAACUUCACAUUGGAUUGAACGUGGCACGGCAUUGCUCUGUCAGUUAAGUUUCUAAAUUCUUAUAAAGCAUAUAAUAAAUACAA